GGCGUGUUAUGUAACAAAAUGACUUAAGUACAAUUCUAAAUAUAAGCAGCAACAAUUGUUUGUUUUUCAACAACAAGCUAGCAGCAAAAUUUUUUGGAUAAAGCAAUCGUAUUCCAAAAAAUUAAGUUAAUUUGCUGUAUUCUAUUUUUAAAAAAAUACAAAACUCUGACUACAAGUGAAAAGGUUAAAAAAUUCAAAAAUGGAACAUAAUAAAUCAUAGUUCAUUUUACGCAACUUACACCAUUUUUAUCUUUAACUCGAAAGUAGUUCAAGUUCGCUCUUUGUUAUUAUUUGGAAGUGAUGCAGUGGUAUGUGUAAGACUGCAUUCAGUUGGAUACGAAGAGUUCGAUCAUGAUUAUUGCAAUAAUUGUAUCUUUAAUCUCGAUUCCUUUCGAAAUUCUUUAUUGGAUUAAAUGGAUUAUCGCAUAUUUUGCACUCCGAACCUAUUAUAAAACGCAUAGAAGAAGAUUUGAUUUGUAUCAACCUAAUGCAAUCGGAGAUCCCGAGAAAGUGGGAUUUUUGGUUCCUCAAGUAGAGGCUGAGCUUGAAUCACCUCAAUCGGAAACCCAUUUACAAGAGUCAGCAGAUGAACUACUGUUCUACGGAAUAAAUUCAAAAGCGGAAUGUGUUCUGGUCCGCAUCACAAGAGGAUGCAACCAAGAAGCCGAAGCUUGGAUCUAUUUGAAAUUGGCUGAUGGCACGACUUAUCAUUUGGCUGAGCAUGUCAAUUAUCAACAACCAUUUGAGGGAAAAUGUCUGGUCUUUUCUUGCGGGAACUUACAAAUGCAUUAUUUGUCACCCAUGAGAAGAUGGAGAAUACAAUACUGUGGUUCUCUAAUGCGGAAAUCAGAGAAUAAAGAAGCACACGAUGGAAAAACUUUUGUGAAAUUCGUCUUCUUAUGGAAUGCUUCGUCUGAUGUGUAUGAUCCAACACUCGAUACUAACCCAACAGGAUUUACCAGCGCUAUUGCUAAAUCUGAAUGGGACUCUCUUUUUCAACCCCCGGUUCAAAAAGUCGCCGAGAGCAUGAAUUUCUAUUGCCAGGUGGGGAAUAUAAGAGGAACAGUUUCUAUAAAUGAAGAUCCAGAUUAUGAGAUGCAUUUAUUCGGAGAAAGGAUGAGAAGUUUAGGUAAUAGCUCUCAUAUAUCCGGAUGUAACUUCGAGAAUUUACUAGGAUAUGUGCCAGAGAAUGGCUAUGGGUUCCAUUUGUUAAAAGCAUCAGUUCCAAAAAUAUUCAAAGACAUACCCGCUGGUUUCCUCAUCAAUCCCUACGCAGAUAUGAAUCCUGUUAAAUAUGUUGAUAUCGACGUAAAGCCAUUCAGCACUGUUACUUCAACGCGGAAUUUUGAAGCUAAGUUUACUGCAGGUAUGUCAUGUAAUUUACAUGGCACAAUGUCCAACGAGCCUAUAGUUUUAUAUAGUGGUCAAGGAUGGAGCGGGUUCUUAGAGCUGUUCUUUGUACAAUUCACUUUUCAAAAUAAAACUGGUUAUGGAUUGUUUUUAUCAGGGGAGGUGUAUAAUGAGCCCCCGACACCAAGGGUUCCUAUGCGUCAAACGGUGUGCCCUAAAGAAGUGCCUGUGACAGUCAAGUUCACUGAUGAGAUCUCUCAAUUUGGUAGUAUAUCUGGCGGGAAAGGAUCAUCCUUGGGAAAACUCACAAAAAUGAGUCUUAAAGAUAAGUCGUUCAUUGUUCCCAAGGGGAUUAUUGUUACAACAUCUGCUUUUGAAGAAUUUUUAAAUUCUGACAUACUGAAUGUUAUAAAAAAAUUGGAAAAUGUCGUAUAUGGAAAUACUGAAGGAGAUGUGAAAACUGAAUGUGAAGUCGUUGCCAAAAAUAUUUCAAAUACAGCAUUACCAAAUAAGAUAAGUACGAGUAUCGUGGAAAAUUUGAAAUCGGUUUUUGGAGACGGAUAUAAAAACCGCAAGUUCGCAGUGAGAUCGUCUGCAACAGGAGAAGAUACCGAUGUGAUGUCAGCAGCUGGUCAAAUGGACACAUUCCUGGGAGUUCAAGGCUUACAAGAGAUUUUCUAUGCAGUCAAGAAAUGCUGGGCAUCGCAGUUUGGACAUAUAGCUAUUGAAUAUAAAAAGCAGAAUGGUCAAGUUCUGAACUCUCCGAUGGCUGUUGUUAUACAAGAGAUGGUGGCUUGUGAAGUUGCUGGAGUUAUCUUUACUUGUGAUCCUGUAAAUAAUAACCCGGAUGUCAUCACAAUAACAGCAAAUUAUGGAUUAGGAGAGACUGUUGUUUCUGGAUCAGUUGAGCCGGAUACAAUUAUGCUUGAACGAUC